AUGCUGGCUAGAUUUUUGACCGCCUUCCUCCUCAUUUGCAGCGUUGGCCAGAUCGUUGCCUCAGACAGAGGUCAGCAAGGAGUCAGUCCUGACGACGGUACAGAUGGUGGCAGCAGCAGCGCAGGCGCGCCAGAUAUCGGCAUCGGCAAACUCGGAGGCGGGCCCUGCGUGCUCACUGCCACGACGACCGAUACUCGCGUCCAUAAGAUCGCUUUUGCCAUCAGCUACGUUGACACGGUUGGCGUGAUUGCCAACCUCAUCAGCGAAAAGGGAGGCGAAUUCGAUGCAGGUACUGUCUAUCCACACGCAUUCGAGUACCUCAAAUUCCGCGUCGCCGAGUUCAAAUUCCCUAAAACUCAGCCUGCACAACUCGACCUGAGCUUUUAUUAUUCGCCUUUGGACGGCUCGCUCGCUUACCACCUCAGUCCUUCCACGGUGUACAACAAGGGUUUGACCAGCUGGUCGCUUGAAUGCAACAGGGAACCGAUUCCAAAGCUCUUCUGA